AACAACAACAGUGUCUAACUAUUGAUUCCAACGCUAAGCAAUGACGAUUAAUAGUCGACUAUAUUAACGUACAAAAUGCAUAUUGGUUUGACUAAAAAGUCUUAUUUCUCCCUCAGUAUUCUAUUUUGUGGUCUCCUAACCUGUACGUUUGCUAAUAAAGUGGAAAACGACGAGUCUUGUCGUGUUUAUGCAGGAGGACAAGUUUACCCACAAGAGAGACGAACAAGUGAACACGCUUUACACUGGAGCAAAGCCCAAAUCUCGAAGCCCGCGCCGUUUUGGGAAGGAACAGCUGUUGUGAAUGGAGAAUUUAAGACGUUGAACAUAUCCGAUUUUCUGGGAAAGUAUUUGGUAUUUUUUUUCUACCCAUUGGAUUUCACCUUUGUUUGUCCUACAGAAAUCAUUGCUUUCAGCAAUAGAAUUGAUGAAUUCCGCCAAAUCAACUCAGAAGUUGUGGCAUGCUCAGUAGAUUCUGUUUUCACACAUUUGGCAUGGAUCAACACUCCAAGGAAAGAUGGCGGCUUGGGAAAACUAGCUUAUCCAUUACUUUCCGAUUUGAACCAUCAGAUUGCAAAAGAUUACGGUGUUUUAUUGGAGAAUGAAGGACACACGUUAAGAGGACUUUUCAUCAUAGAUGAUAAAGGCGUACUUCGACAGAUAACGAUGAAUGAUUUGCCUGUGGGGCGUUCCGUUGACGAGACUCUGCGUUUAGUCCAAGCUUUUCAAUACACUGAUAAACAUGGCGAGGUGUGUCCGGCAGGCUGGAAGCCUGGUGCCGAUACUAUUGUGCCGGAUCCUCAAGAGAAACUGGAUUAUUUUACAAAGCAUGAUGAGGAUGGUGACAGAGGGACAAAAGAUGAAAUUUAACUCGUGAAAACCUUCACUUCUUAUUGCAAAAAUGAACCAUGUCCUAAUAUAAAAUUGUUACAAAA